AUGAAACUGCUCUAUCUUCUUGCGUUGCCAUUGGUCCUUCUGAUUCAAGGAGCGUUCACCGCCCCUACUCCUGACAACUCCACGACUCUCGAGCGUCGCCAGGCCGCAUCCUUCUGGACGAACUGGUCCGAAGGAAACAUUGGCGUUCGAUGCACACCCGGUGCUGGAGGAUCAUACACCGCAACUUGGGGUGGUUCGACCGGCGGUUUUGUAUGUGGAAAAGGAUGGAGCCGAGGAGGAAGCAGGGCAGUCACAUACAGUGGAACGUAUAACGCCACUGGUCCUGGCUAUCUCGCUCUCUACGGUUGGACGAGGAACCCUCUGAUCGAAUACUAUGUCAUCGAAUCCUACGCUGUUCUCGCUCCGGGCGAGCCAUGGACUUACAGAGGCGUGUUCACUUCUCCGGAGGGAACCUACGAGAUGUACGAGAGCACGCGUGUCAACAAGCCUUCGAUCGAGGGUACGAGGACCUUCCAGCAGUACUGGUCCGUUCGAACAGAGAAGCGCGUCGGCGGCACGAUUUCCACCCAGAGGCACUUCGAUGAGUGGGCUAGGGUUGGCAUGAGAUUGGGGUGGCACGACUACAUGGUCUUCGCAACGGAAGGAUUCACCAACGGACAAUACAGUAGCGGGUCGUCUUCUAUUAACGUGUCCUAAGGACGCAAUAUUGUCAGUAAUAGUGUGAACACUAUAGCUGUUGUG